AGGGGGCUGAGCACGCACCCUUGUGGGGCCCCUGUGUUGAGGAUCAGCGAAGUGGAGGUGUUGUUUCCUACCAUGACCAUCUGGUGGCAGCCUGUCGGGAAGUCGAGGACCCAGUUGCACAGGGUGGGGUUCAGACCCAGGGCCCCGAGCUUAAUGAUGAGCUUGGAGGGUACUUUGGUGUUGAAGGCUGAGCAAUGUUCAUCAUGUGUUGAACCGUGCUUUCGGCCGCAGGGGGACCAGCAGCUCUGCAAAGCCCAGGAGGCCCAGCGUGUGGAGCGGGCCGUGCUGCUGGAAGCCGUCCAGGGCCUGGAGAUCGAGUUGUCUGUGUGCCAGCAGAGACAGAAGGACCUGCAGGACACUUUCUCCACAGCCCAGAGCCACUGGAGGGCCCAAGAGGAGCGGCUGCACCAUGAAGUGUCCUCCCUUACCUGUUUGUUGGGAGACCACAGGCAGAUGACCGACAGUUUGAUUGAGACAGUCAAAACCGAGCAGAAGAAAGCAGCCAAUCAGUUUGCAGAGCGGAGCACGGAAAAGCCGGGCAAACAAGAUGAGAUGGUUGCUGAUGCUGCUGAAGGCAAGGGCUACAAUCAGAGCAGGCCCCGGCUGCAGCGCACCAUGAAGCUCCACUCCGACCUGCACCAGGCCUUAGAGGGCCUCCAGCUGCAGACACUAGCAUCACCCUCCCCAUCAUUAGACCCCAUGAGCUCCUACCAGGUCUCCGUCCAGCAGCUUCAGGAGGAGCUGCAGAGAGAGAAGGACCAAGUAUCGAGGCUGGUGGAGCGUCUGGAGAGGGCUGAGCAGAAGUCAGAGGAGCUGAGGCAGCAGCAGGAGCAAGAUGCCAAGGAAAGCUGGAACACUGUCCACCAAGAGAUGGAGACCAACCAGGAGAUGGGCGGCAUGGUGGAGCGGAUGAGGGGGAAGGUGCAGGAGGUUAGCGCCAUACUGCGACGCAAGAUAAGCUGGGGUGGAUGGGCUGGGAUGAAGGAUGAGGAGGAAGAAGAAGAGGAGGGGAAGCCUGCAAAUGCCCUUAACUCAGAGUGCGUAAACCAGUGUCAGACAAUGCACCCAGAUCCACAAAUGCUAGAACAGGCUCAAAGGAACCCAGAACUAGAACCAGAGAAGGGAGCCCAGGACCAGCACUCCUGCCUAGAGACGUUGCUGUGGAGGUGGCAGAAGACGCUGGGGGGACAGAGGGACAUUGUGAAGAGGCUGAAGGCCGACAUGAAGAGGGAGACAGAGAGCAUGCAGGUGAUGGCUGCCGGCCUCUUGAACAACAGACAGCACAGCCUGGACACAUGCCAGGUCCAAGCCCUUGAAGAGCACCUGGAGAUCUGGAGGCGGAGGCAGAGAGAGAUGAAAAUGCAGCUGUCUGAGAUGCAGGCCCAGUUUGACAUGGAGCGGAACCGCUCUGCCGAGUUCCUGAAAGAGAAUGACAAGCUGAGUAGACUGCUUUGCACAGUGGAGUCCUCGGUGGCUGACCUGCAGCCCCUGCUCACCUACCACCAGGUCCUAGUAGAGGACGCCAUGAAGGACAACUCUAUACAACAUGGCCGCCACUGGAGCAAGAUGUAAAAAUAACUCUCAAAGACUGAUGAAUAAAAGUUGACAAUAUAAUUUGCUUUUGUGUUUGCUUACUGUUUCGAUUGGCCUCUAAAAGAUAAUGUAUGAUGUAAUUAUAACUCUUUCAUAUACAUUUCUGCCCUUUAUAUGUCCCUAAGUCAACAUAAAUUGAUUGUUCCUUAUCUUUACAAUAAGAGCUACAAUUAUCUACUAGACUAUACUGAGCACCUACAUUGUCUGGGAUUCAAAUGUCCCUUUAUAUUUGCAAGUUGCAUUUUAAAUUGUGCAUGCUGCAAACAGAUAUAAUACCUGAAAGUAAUUAUGUAACAAUAUAUGUACCUACGCUGUAAUUACAUAGGCAUUAUUACACAUUGUAAAAAGGGUUAAGUAUUGCUGCUAAAAUGGCUAUUCAACCUAGUAGUCCUUUCACCUAUCCACUAAGGUACUGGCAACAAAGACGGGAAGCUAUUCAAUAUUAUGUUCUUUAUUCUGUAAACCCAGAGCAAACAGGGUCUAAUUAAAAAGUCCUGUGAGACAUUGCCAUAUCAGCAGUUCAUCAGCACAGAAAGCUGAUACAUAUUUACAUAAUAUCGUUUUAUUUAUAAUAUACUCUUUUUAUUCAUAUCUCACUCAUUUUCAGAUAGUUUGUUUUGAAUAACAUGUUUUGAGUCCUGAAAUCACCUGUAUAAUAUUACUUAACAUGCAACUAUCUGAGCCACAGGCAAAGACUGCCUAUCGUCGUCCUGGGGGAAACCCUGUAUUUCAAAAAAGUUAUUUUUUAAGAACAACGCUUAAUUCAAUUAAUGGGACUUCACAAGGCAUUUUGCGUGACUUGUAUUAGACCUAGAGUCAUGAAACCUUCACAACUUCAGUUUAAUUUAUCUGUAUUUAUUUGUAUUAUUUUACUGCUCUAGGUUGUUAUUAUUUCUUGGAUAACCUUAUCUACUAUUAUGUAUUGAUUUAUUUUUCAUUCACUGCGUAGAACACCGGAGGAAUUGUCACUAAAUUAUUACUGUGAAUCAUUGUAAUGUUUAUGUAUCAAUUAAUCCCAUAAGGGGAUGGGUUGCCAACUGGCAAUUUGAAACAAAAAUAAAAUGUAAUUCAUUCAUUCACUGAAUAUUGAGGGGAAUGACUACUUUCAAUGUAUGUGAAAAAAACAAAAUCGGCAAAUAAUUUGAUACAAGGUUUUUCCAGGACGCCGACAAUAUCGAAGAGAAUAAGUCUCCACAGUGUUGGAGAAGAACGAGACAACACUAUCUCCCAGAAGAGCCUAUCCCACACAGACAGUUCAAUCUAGUUUCUAGUUAACACUAUAUUGCAUUUAAUCAUAAAGCUAAAAUUCACAGGUUAUAUCAAAGGUCAUUACAAACAGAUGAAUCACAUGAUUGACUCAUCUCGGUGACUUAUCUAUAUUACAUGCAGUUAUGUUAGCUACAAACAAACUGUACAAACUGUACAGUGUUAGUUUAAUCUACGUUGAACAAACCGGCAAUUGUGAUAUCCAAUUUCAUGGCA